UGACCUUAAUUAUUACAACGCCGAGUAUUCCAUUAUAUAAAAACAGAGGAGCUUAAUUAUUACGACCCCCACCUCAAUACUUCGUUUGUAAACAGAGACUGGUUGCCUUUGCCUUUGCCUGAAAACACAAAAUAAAGCUUUUGCUUGUUAAUCUUCCAAUUUCCUUCUCUGCUCCUUUUCUUGUUCCUCUAUAUUGGCAAAUAAUUGCCAAGAUAUGGUGAAUAAAAAUAUGAACUUUUUAUUUCAAACCGUUUUACUUUCUGCAAUUCUAUGUCUUUGCUUGAAAUCCUCCAUAGCUGAGCUUCAACGUUUCCAACAUUCUGUGAAAGAAGAUGGGUCUCUUAGAGUUAUGAUUGUAGGAGACUGGGGAAGAAAAGGAACCUACAACCAAUCAGAAGUUGCUUUUCAGAUGGGAAUAGUUGGAGAGAAGUUGGACAUUGACUUUGUAAUAUCCACGGGUGAUAACUUUUAUGAGGAUGGACUAACGGGCGUGGAUGAUCCAGCAUUUGAAGACUCCUUCACCAAAAUUUACACAGCACCUAGCUUGCAAAAGCAGUGGUACAACGUUUUGGGAAAUCAUGAUUACAGGGGUGAUGUUGAGGCACAGCUAAGUCCUGUCCUCAGAAAACUAGAUAGCAGAUGGAUUUGCUUGAGAUCUUUUAUAGUUGACGCUGAAAUUGCAGAGUUUUUCUUUGUGGAUACAACUCCAUUUGCGGAUCAAUACUUCACAGAUCCAGAGGACCAUGUCUAUGAUUGGAGAGGCAUUUCUCGCCGAAAGGAUUACCUGUCAAAUCUCUUGAAGGAUGUAGAUUCAGCUUUAAAAGAAUCAACUGCAAAAUGGAAGUUUGUGGUUGGUCAUCAUACAAUGAAGAGCGCUGGACACCAUGGAAACACUGUGGAGAUCAUCAAGCAGCUUCUCCCAAUUCUUGAGGCAAACAAUGUUGAUCUUUACAUCAAUGGGCAUGACCAUUUGUUACAACAUAUAAGUAGCCUGGACAGUCCAAUUCAAUUCUUGACAAGUGGUGGAGGGUCAAAGGCAUGGAGAGGUGAUGUCAACUUUUUGGACCCAAAGGAAGUGAAGUUCUUUUAUGAUGGUCAAGGUUUUAUGACAAUGCAAAUCACUCACACCCAAUUGGAUAUUGCAUUCUACGACAUUUUUGGUCAAGUUUUACACAAAUGGGGCACAUCCAAGAAGCAUUACUCUGCCAUUUAGAUAUCCAUGGAAGGUCCAUAUAUGAAAUAUUUUUUAAUAUAUGAACCAUUCGUCUUUCGACAGAUGUACUAAAAUAUUGAAUUUUUAAUUAGACUUGUAAUUACUCUAACUACAACUUAGCUAGCUAGCUAGGGAGAUACGCAAUUAAAUUGUGGUGUGUAAUUCUAAUUUAUUUGUUUUUACUUAAAAAAAAAGUUUACAAUAAGACACCUUGCCUUUUGUAUU